AGAGGAGGAGGAGGACGCCGCCGCUGCGCGCAGCUCUCUCACCGUCUCCUCUCCUUCUCUCAGCGGGCUUUAGGAUACACUAACCCCCCGGCGGGAUGGAGCCAGCGGGCGCGUACGGCGCCAGGAAAGCCGGGAGCAUCGCAUUUGAUCCGGUCGCUUUCAUCACACACCCACGGACCGUCCUCAGACUCAUGUCAUGGGUUUUCUCCGUCGUGGUGUUCAGUUGCAUCGUGAACGAGGGCUACAUCAACAUCGGCAGCGAGCGUUUGCUCUGCGUCUUCAACAACAACUCUGACGCCUGCAACUACGGCAUCACCAUUGGCGUGGCGUGUUUCCUUGGCAGCGUCUGCUUCCUGAUUCUGGACGCUUACUUCCCGUCCAUCAGCAGCAUCAGGGACAGAAGACGAGCCGUCCUGCUGGACCUCGUCUUCUCUGGCCUCUUCUGCUUCCUGUGGUUCGUUGGCUUCUGUUUUCUGGCCAAUCAGUGGCAGGCGACCUCUCCAGAUGAGCUGCCUUUGGCCCAGGGCUCCGACGCUGCCAGAGCCACAAUUGCUUUCUGCUUCUUCUCCAUCCUCACCUGGGGUUAUCAGUGUCUGGUGGCAAUGGACACAUAUAAGAUCAUUCCAGUCAUGGAGGACAGGCAGAGGCUGCUGUCUACGACCCCUCCUACUCUUUCUUUCAUUUAAAACACACACACACACACACACACACACACUCCUGAAUCUCACCUGUGUUUGUUUUCGGUGUCUACACAAGACAAUAUCUAAAAGAGUGUCACAGUGUUAGAUUUGGUGCCAUUUUACAAAGUCUGGAGUCGACAGAUUUGAAGUAAGGUGUGGGCGAUUUCACUGAAGUACAGUAAAUACCUCUGCUCUCAAAGUAUUUUUUUUGAAGUGUGGGAGUAUGAGAUACUGACACAGUUUUGCCACUUGAUCUUAUAAAAUAUACACCUGCUUACAAUAUCUUAAGAAUAUCCAUCCUCCACAUGAGGGGAGCUGGUGCCAAUCCCAGCUGACAUAGGGUCAAAGGUGGGGAAACACCCUGGACAGGUCACAGUCCACGACAGGGACACAUAGAGACAAACAUCCAUCCACUCUCACGGUCAUUUUAGAGUGUCCAAUUUCCCUAAUCCCCAAAUCUGCAGGUUUUUGGACUGUGGGAAGAAAACCGGAGAACCCAGAGAAAACCAUUUUAAGAAUAUGUUCUGUGACAGAAUGUCUUGAGGGGGUUUGGUACAGGAGAGUGAGUGAGUUAGUUAACAAACUUCACUUCAACAGUGGUUAGGUGAGCUUUUUGUUGAGUGAUUUUUUUGUGUCUGUCAUCUGAGGUGUGCACUGCAUGUGCUCACAACCAUUUUUAGCCCUCAAUGAGGGGGAGUGGCAAAUUCAAACACUUUCUUGGGAUUUUUAAAUUUUUUUUGCCCUCGUUUGCAUAAAGUUUUGCAUUUUACAUUUGAUGCAAAUCGACUUUUUGAUAUGACAUCACUGGGUUAAAAUAAAUGGAAACCUUCAUCUUCAGGCCUGGGCAUACUCCACAAUAACAGAUACAACUGUUCUCUCGUCGUCAUGACGUCAUUGUUUUCUUGCAGCUUGUUCUUGACACAUUAUCUGGGCAGAAUCUGCACUUGAGAUUUCUCAUGAAGUAUGAAAAGUCCUGUCCAGACCUAACUUUGUUCUUGUUCUUUUAUUAAACCAGUGUCUAAUUAACAGCCUAUGCUAAUGCAUGUGUGUGUGUGUGUUA